GCUCUGAUCAACCAAGAGCUUACAACAUAAAAAAUAAACUUUCAAAGCUGUUGAUCUGUAUCUCUCCACCACCUGAAAUCUGAAGUAGAUUUAAUCUUGCCUUUGGUUUUCUGUUACCUUUCCUAUAUAUCUGCAGGGUCUAUUUGUUUGAGAGGUCUAUAAGCAUUGAGCUAUAUUUAUGUACAGUUUGGGAAGCAAAUGAAGACAAAUUAUUCACAGAAGAUGGUCACCUGUGCAUAAAUAAAGCAGUUUGAUCUGAUGUAGAAAUGCCUACAGCAAAUGUGGAUAUAGCUCAGUCCAUCACAGGUAAAGACCUCCCCACCACUGAGCAUAUUUACAAGGAGAGCUGCCACAAGAAAGCAGCAUUCAUUGUCAAGUACUCCCACCAUCUAGGCCACGCUUUCCUCUCGCUACUAUCAUCAGGCAAGAUCCUAGGUCCUACCAGGUUCAGGAACAGUUAUUACCCUAGAACCAUCAGGCUCCUGACUAGUGUGGAUAACUUCACUCACCUCAACUCUGAAUUGAUUCCACAACCGACAGACUGUACAGCUUACGUUCGCUGUGUUAUUAUUUAUAUAUAUAUGUCUUGCACAUCAUCUAUUAGCUACUUUAUGUAUUUUUAAUAAAUUCUGUUGUUUUUCCUGUAAACGUCUGCAAGAAAAUGAACCUCAAGUUAUAAUUUCAAUGAUGGAGUGAUCAACUGUUGCACAUCAUGGAGGCUUGUGAGGGGCAAGCUAUUUCUGAGAUCCUCCGAUUAAAUGUGGGAGGUUGUUUCUUUACAGCAAGACGAAACUCCCUCUGUCGUUUUAAAGACUCAAUGCUUAGUGCUAUGUUUAGUGGACGAUUUCCUUUGAAACUAGAUGAAUCAGGAGCUUGUCUUAUUGAACGGGAUGGAAAACUCUUCAAAUAUCUCCUGGAUUAUCUGCAUGGAGAACUCUGCAUUCCGGAGGAAGCAAGAACUCGUGUCGCAUUGCAGGAGGAGGCAGAUUACUUUGGCAUUCCCUAUCCCUACAGUUUGACAGACUAUUUAUCCAGUGAGAUGGAGAGACAUUGCUCAAAAUCAAAUAUUGAAAUCAAAAAGGCCCUGACAGACAUGUGUGACUCCUAUGGUUUAAUCUGUACAAACCCCAUGGUGUGGGUCUUACACUAUCUCAAUACUUGUGGUGCCAGCUGUGAAAGCAAGAUCCUGGGCGUGUUUACAUCAAAGGCUGAAGGGAUUGCAGCCAUUGAAAAACAGCUGGGAGGUAGAAUAAAAAGCAAAAGUAUCUUUAAGAGGGAAGCUGGAAACAACUUACAAUACAUAUGGAGCUACUACUCUGCUGAUGAACUGAAGAAAAUGAUGGAUGCUUUUGACUCUUGGGAAGGACGAGGUGUCAGUUAUUGGAGAGUGCCGCAGGAGUUGAUAGAAUGUUGGACACUUGAAGGCCGACCAUUGCAAGGUACCAAGGAGAUGGUGGCACCAAUUCAGAAACGGCGCUCUGUGGUUGCAAAUGAGAUAGAAUUGGAAAGACCCAAAAAAACUCACAAGCCUGUGGAGUUUUCUGGCCCAUCCACCUGCACCCGGAUUAAAGUGAAGAAUUCUGGAUUAGUCAAACUAUCAACUCCAGCUGCAACUCCAAAGACUGCAUUAAACUCCUCGGUUCAUCUCAGAACCACAGCUGUAAAGAGACCGAGUACAGUGGAGUUUGUAAACCACAGGACAGCAUCUUCCAGUGACAGGGGAUCAUCUGGAUCAGGUGCCCAAAACUCGAAUGUCAAAUUCCAAAAUGCUGGGAGUGCAGUAGACUCUGGAUGUACAGGAGCAGUCAAGAUGCCGGAGAAGAAGUUAAUAGUAAAUAGAGUGAUCAAAUUGAAAAGAAAGCCACCAUCAGCAACUGUUGUAACACCAGCAGAUGAUUCCAAAAGAAAAAGUGAUAUAAAUACAGACCCUCAACGUAGAGCUUCAGAAAACCCUCAGACGUCCAGUUCAGUGAGCGCAAUGGCUGACUGUCUAGAGGAUAUAUCUGAAAGUUCUAGGAAAAAGGAUGAGAAUGGAUAGAUGGCUGAGCCUUGCAAGAGAGAAGAGAGGACAGACCAUUAUAUGGUUUGUUCAAAAUGUGUUUGAAACCUGUUGAGGAUUAGCAUAAUUUCCAAAGAAAUGUCAUUGCUAGAUCAGGAAGUCAUAAGAGUCACUUAGGUAAAAGUGGAAAAUUUUGUUGUUUCAGUGGUAGUUCAACAGAUUUAAUACUGAUCAAAGAGAACAUAGGUUUGACCUCUGAUCAGAUCAACAUUGCCGCCUCCUGUUUUGAUGAUGAUAUGGGUUUAUGGAGCACUUUUAGUGGAUGACUGAGAAAAUUAUCAAGCUUUCCAGCCUAAAUAAGUAUUCAUCUGCCCUCCUGGAGUAGUGUGUAUGAGUGAGUGAGUAUGAGAGAGUAUGUGUGGGUGGACACAGGGACUAGAUGUUUAUGAUUUCUCCAUCUCCUACAUCUAUAAUGAAGUGACCUACAAAUUCUCAACAUUAGUACCAAGUAGUGAACAAGCUCCAGCUGCUGUAGAGCAAUUGUGGUCUGUGGAAUAAACAGCUGCAAGUGUGAAGAAAUUGGUAAAAUAAUUUUCAAAUGAAAAUUAAAGAUUUAGUCAUAAAACCAUUGCUUUUCCACAAAAUAAAUAUGUAUGCAGUUUGUACCUCAUAUCUGCAUUCACAGUGGAACAAAAAAGUUAUCUGUACCGAUGGAAGGUCUUUACCUGAAACAUUAACUGCCCAUUUUCCUCCGGAGAUGCUGGCUAACAUGCUGAUUUUCUUCAACUUUUUGUGUGUUGUUCCAGGUUCGAGAUUUGGGACGUCUAGGUAGCAUGAAGCUAUUACAGUUCAGGGUGUUGGAGUUCAGAGUUCUAUUCUGGCACUGUUUGUAAGGAGUUUGUACCUUCUCCCUGUGACCACGCAGGUUUCUUCCAGGUGCUCCAGUUUCCUCCCACAGUCCAGACAUACUGGUUAGUAGGUUAAUUGGUCAUUGUAAAUUGUCCCGUGAUUAGGCUAGUGUUAAAUAGGAAGGUUCCCGUGCUGGAAGGCCUGUUCCGUGUGUAUCUCUAAGUAAAAAUAAAUAAAUAAGUUCCAUCAUGUGCAGUCUAUAAUGUCUUUUAAAUCAAUGGUCUUUACUGACAGAUGAGAACCUUCCAGUAAACCAUGCAUCUGAAUUCAGCCCAUUUAAUUAAAGCAAAACAAGUGGAUUCUGGUGUAAAGUGAAAGAAUGCUGCUUAUUACAGCAUCCAAGCAAUGGAAUGAACAGCAGCUAAAUUAUCCUCAAAGAACAGUGUAUCUGAUCAACUAGUAAUAAUGGGCAUGCAAAAUAGAGAAAAUUUUGAUUGACAAAUUGCACCUUCUGUAAACACUACCUGUCCUCAUUUUUUCAUGUUCUUGGUGUAGGGGAGCGUUUUGCCAUUUAUAAUACGUUAUUUACAUUGUGUUUGUGCAACUAUCUGUGAAAGAGACAGCCGACAUGUUAGACAAACAAUUUAGGGAGCAUGAGAUUUUAAGUUUAAUUUGUAAAUUUUACGGGCUAAGGAAGUGGAGUUUUUUGAUAUUGCUUGCCAAAUCUUUCAAAUCCCUACUGGUUUUGAGUUACCAAUUUUAGCUAUGCCAUGCGUUAGGGUGCAUAAUGAAAGUUCUUUCUAUUCACUCCAGACAGAAGUACUCGUUAUCAGACUGACUGGGGUUGUUGUAAACUGCAGGUUGGUGAUCUGCCUGUUUCUAUUUUGUGUAAAUAUGUCAUUAUCAGGCAGGUUUUGGAAUGUCCCUUUCUUUAUUCUGACAAUAAAUUAAGAUAGCUUAAAACAAAGUUGUGUUUUUAUCAGGUGUGCAAAGGUAACUAUGUUGCCUAGUCACAAAGCACAGACUAUCUUUUGUUCAGUUUUCCUUUGUGUUUGGCUCAUGAAGUUUCAUGUUCUUGCUUGGGUAUAUGUGUCCAUUUUAAUUUGAUAUAUUUGGUUAGCCUGUUAAUCAGUUCUUUUCUGUUAGGAUGACUUAGUUGGUUAGUUUUUAGGGGAAAAAAUUUCUGACUCAAGUCAAUUAUAACAAUAACAAUUUACUUUGGGAUUAAGGCCUUAUGUUUGGGGGUUAUACCUAGAAAAGAAGUUUUGUGUGAUUAGGACAAUGAGCUAUUGGUGCUCAGAAGCUGGUGUUUUCAGUACAUUCAGGCACAAUGCAACAGAACUUGAGUGGAGAGCAGUAUUCAAAUGCAUCACUUAGAGAAGUUCAAGAGUUGUUGCACUGCUGCAAGUCACUUAAUCUAUUUCUAUCAUGAGUGUGUGAGAACGGAACAGAUAUGCUGGAGAUGCAUGCUUUAAUGUAAAACCAUUAUUGGCUACAGUUUUAUAUUUAAUUUGUAUGCUCCAUAUUGUACAGGUGAUCUGUUUGUUUUUCUAGAAAAUAAAUCAUGAUUGUGCUUGUUCUCAUAGUCUUCCCACUUUUGUAUCUUUCUGUUCCAGUUAUCAGUGCUUCAUAAGUCAUUUUCAGUUUAAUGGCACUGAUAAGCCUUGGAUAAAAUAAUUCCCACAUAAGAAAAGACACUUCAUUAUUGUAUGACUCUUUGAUGCUAUUAUUUCAUCCAAUCUUAAUAACCAAUUGCUGUAGUUAAUUAAAUAGAAUAUCAGUUUUGGAUACUGAACCCAGAUGCGUACAUUGGUUUAGAAUAAAAGAAACAAAUGCAAAACCGCUAUUUGAAAUUAGAUCUUAAAGCAAUGCCUUAA